GAUAAUUUUAAAAUGUAAAGGUUUUAUUGCUGUGCAAAGGAAAACUUUCCUUUAUAUUUUAAAGCUGAUCAGUAUACAUUUCUUUUAAACUUUGUUAUGUUGAAUUUCUAUUAUUUGUAAUUUGUAUUUGUUUUUGGUUUGUUUCAUUUUCGAGAAUAAAACUGUAAAACCGCCACUGAUAACGUCAGCAGUCUAUUAAACAGCGUUAAGUGUUGGGCAUUAGUUUCCCAUAAUCUCACAACUAUGAAAAGUGCUAACCACAAAGCUGACACUCAUAAUUCUAGUAAACAGCACAGCUUAACUCUCCAUACAGACAGUCAUUUAAAGGUCACAUUCUUCCUGAUCCCAUUUUUAAAACCCUAGUUAGUGUAUAAUGUUGCUGUUAGAGCAUAAAUAAUACCUGUAAAAUGAUAAAGCUCAAAGUUUACUGCCAGGCGAUAUAUUCUCAACAGAAUUCCCCUUUUAAAGCCUACAGCGAACGGACGGUUUGGACUACAGCCCUCUACUUCCUGCUUUAAUGACAUCACUACAACAGUUUUUUUGACUAAACUCCACCCACAGGAAUACGUCAGUCGCCAGCUAAGCUCAAACGGCUCUGCUAAGCUAAGCUGCUGUCGAAUCACAACACACUAAACAAACUACACAAUCAGAACUCGAUACGUAUUUCUGAAGGAGGGACUUCACAGAACAAGGAAGACAUCAGCCCGUUUUUAGGACAGUGAAAACAGCGCUAUACCGAUAAGUAAAUUGUGUGAAAAAUACAGCGCUUUUUUACACGUGAAAAAUGAACACAUAUUAUAUUGCGCACUGUAAACACAAUCAAAGCUUCAAAAACACAGAAAGAACGGGGCACGGAAAUAAGUAAAAACUAUAAAAAUACAGUUCAUGACAAUUUAUUAUACAGUACAUUGUGGGGUCAACAUGUAUGUCUGUCUGGGGUAGGGUUAAGUUUAGGGUUCGGUUAAGAGGAUAGAAUCAUAGACUGUAAAAAAUAUGGACGUAAUUGUACCAGGCUGUAAACAUAUUAUUUUCUGCUGUAAAGUUGGCCAAUUUAACAUGAGGGUCUAUGAGAAUUGACUCCCAUUUGAAGUAAAUUGUAGUUUAAGUCACUUCCGUACUGGCUUCAUCAGAGAGAUUGGAAAGUUGCCCCUCGGAUAGAAUAUACAGUUUGUACAUCAUUAUGUGUCCAUAUAGAAGGUCCCCACAAUGUAUAAAAACAAACGUGUGUGUGUGUUUGUGUUGUGUUGUGUUAUGUCUAGUUCCUCUUGAGUUCAAUAACUGUAAUACUCAAAGGACAUAAGAGAAGUUGAAAUAAUCUGAAUUCAGAUCCAGUAGACCUUAAAGUAUUUUGCCACCCCCUAGAGGCCACUGGAUUUUGAAACUCUUGCAUGAGACAGUUAUAUCCUCAAUCAACCUUUUCAAACAUUGUGCAAGAACUGCUACCUACUUUCUUACAGGCUUGGUUCAGGCAAACAGAGACCUAUUGUCUUUCAGAGCACAUUUAUUUACCAUCUGACUUCAAAAAAUGCUGUUAUGCCAUACGUAAAAACUCUUCAGAUUAAUCUGACAUGAACACUAAGUUCUUAGUAUGUAAUUUCUAUUUACAUUACUGUUGAUUACUUGAAUAAGCAUCUGUUGCUGUUUGUACUAUCCUUACAUCCAUAGCUGGUUACAAGAAAAAUGACACCCCAUCACCAGUGGGACACUUGGUGAACCCAGAAGCUUCAGAGCCAGUAAAUGAUGGCUAAUUAUGUACUACCAUACCAUAAAAACAUCAUCAUGUAAAACCAAUCAGAAGCCACAAACUGCAAAACCAACAACCACAGCUGAUAUGAGCUCUAUACAGAAAUGGUCAAUUAAAAAUAUUUUCGUAAACGUGUAAAAAUGUCCCGUGCUCCACAGCAGUCCCGCCAAUGUAAAAAUUAAUAUCCUAGAUAUUGAAAAACGUACUGCCUCAUGAAAAGUGUUAGUGUGCUUCUUGUGAUAUGUAGCUUUUUGACUUGACUGCAGUUGAACUUCUCUAACUUAGCAGUUUUUUGUUGGGUUUUCACACGGACAGGAUUUUUGCUGUUUAAACAACUGGGGUUGGUUCAUUUUCACCAUAUUUUUUGCUGAAUUUGGCACACCACAUAACCACAUUGACUAUAUAUAUAUACUGUUUUAGUAGUAAGUGAGUAAAAGAAAGAGAGCACUAAGAUUGUGAAAAAGUGAUGACUUCUGUAUGCAUGUUGUUGAGAUUUGAACAUUUUGAAUUUCCACCAGCAAGAAGAUUACCGAAGUGUUUCCUGAGAGCUAUGGAGGUCGGCUGUUUUACGUAAAAACUUUUUUUUUAUUUAAAGGAUAGCAACAGAAAAUUAACCUAUACUGACGGACAUACUGACAUCAUGAUCAUUGUUAGUUCUCUUGACAUCUGAAUGAAUGAAUGUCUACAUGUGGAGGCUCAAUCAAAAUUAGGAUUCAGUAUCUGAUUCAUAUUCACUGUAAUCGGACGGCUAUAAUAGACGACAGGCAAAAUCUUCAGUCCUCUUCUUUUACCUAGACAGGCUAAGAAACUUUUAUCAGGAAAAUGUCAGAAGUUGGAAACAACAGCAACACAAACUCCACAGGCCAUCUGCCACAAGACUACAGAUUUGCUCUUUUGGUCAUAUAUGCAUUAAUAUUGCUUGGUGGGACUCUAAAUGUUGUAAUUAUGUCCUGUAUGUUACAGUCCCGAAGACGGCUCUCUUUCACAAAUGUGUCAGUGAUCAACCUUAUAACCGUGCACUCUUUAUUUCUUCUCACGGUGCCGUUUCGUAUUUUCUACUAUGCUUCUAAUACAUGGAGCCUGGGCCUACAUUUCUGCAAAAUCGUCAGUGUUAUGAUCCAUGCUCAUAUGUACCUUGCAUUUAUCUUUUAUGUAUUCCUUCUUAUUGUGCGUUACAUAGAGCACUCGCGUUCGAAGCGCCUACUAGAUUUCCACCGCGCUCUUCACGCCACAUUCGCGAGCGGAGCUGUCUGGCUUGUCAUUUUUGGUUCUAUGUUCCCCCCAACUAUGCUUAAGUAUGGACUAACUGCCAGCGAUUCAACUCAGUGUUUUCAUUUUGGUGAGGCUCUUAAAGAUCAUGCUGUGAAGAUCUUAAACUAUCUUAUCUGCGCAACAGUUUUACUGGUCUGGACUGUGCUGCUGUUUUUUCAGAUUUAUUUUCUGCUCUAUGUGGGUAAGAAAUAUGGGACACGCGACCGUCAAGAGUUCUGGGUAGAACUUAAAAAUGCUGUUUUUCUGAUGGUGAUGUUCUUUUGUUUCGUGCCCUACCAAGUUUUUAGGAUCUAUUAUGUUAGUAAAGAUAUGAGUUCUGAUUCUGAACUUCAGCAUAAAAAUGAAAUAUUUCUUGCUUUCACUGCUUUCAGCUGCUUUGAUAUGAUUGUUUUCGCUGGAAGGGAUUUAUAUAAAAAUAUUAUGUCAAGGGGAUGCAUGCAUUAAAUGUCUACUUCGACGUGUGAAUUUCUAUAGCAUGAUUAAAAAGAAGUUCAUUAGCUACCAUUGCUAUCGUGCAUUACAAGCUUAAAAUUCUAACUUUCCUUUAUAUUUUAAAGCUGUGCUGACAAGAUUUCUUUUACAUUUUGUUUUGUGGAAUUUCUCUUAUGUGUAUUUUGUAUGUAUGAAGAUCUUUGCUAUUUUUUUGUUUUGUUUUGUUUUCGAGAAUAAAACUGUAAAACCGCCACUAAUAACGUCAGCAGUCUAUUAAACAGUGUUAAGUGUUGGGCAUUAGUUUCCCGUAAUCUCACAACUAUGAACAGUGCUAACCACAAAGCUCACAAACUCAUAACUUCUAGUGCACAGCACAGCUUAACUCUCCAGACAGACAGUCAUUUAAAACUUUCAGUAAA